CCACGCAAUCCGCCCCUUCUACAUCAUGGACGACGGCUCCUCCCCACCGCUCUCCACCUUCACCUACCCCGGCCUCCCCCGCUCCGCCCUAACAUUCACCUGGCAGAACCGCACCAUGCGCGCCGGACCCAUGCAGCUCGUGUUCUACAACCGGUGUCUGGAGCGCUAUGCCGCCCGGCACACCUGGAUCGCGAUCUUGGAUGCCGAUGAGUAUAUCGAGACGCCUGGACCCGAGACGUUUAGGGAGGUGCUGGAGAGUUUCGAGCAUAAUCGGAGCGUGGGAGCUUUGGGGAUUAACUGGAAAGUGCACACCUCAUCGGGACUCAAGACCCGACCAUCUUCAUCCCGCAAAGCAUUCACCAGCUGUGCGUUCGACGGAAACGGCACCAUCAACCAAUACAUCAAGUCCGUAGUCAAAACGUCUUUUGGCGCCACGGCUGCGAACCCGCAUAAAUUCCGGUUCGCAGGCAAGGCGGUGACGGUUGGGUAGGAUGGGGAUGUGUUGGAUACGGUGGCGUUUCGGAAUCCGGUUACAAGGAGGAGGGUGGGGGUGCAUCAUUAUGCUGUUAAGAG